AGAUUGUAAAGUUAACCGAUUGUGAACCAUAUAAAUUUACUUGUACAUGUCUAUUAGAUGGUUGGACUGCUACUGAAAAUAAGUCUAUAUCAGCAAGGAAAGCACAAAAUGCUGCUGCUCAAUCAAUGCUUAAUAAUAUACAUCACAUUGAGAAUAAAUGUUCCACAGUUCCAUGUUAUGAUCAACAGCAUGAUGUUGUUACAUCAAAAUCUGUUCAUAAACAAAAAUAUAAACCGUGUAAAAUCAAAUUACAAUUGAAUCAGGAUCGUGCCUUAGAUGAAUCAGUUCAUCCUGUCUGUAGAUUGGAAUGUUUUAGAAUUGUGAAAAAUUUGGAUAAAGUAAAAUAUAUUCUCUUAAAUGAUCAGCUACCGAAUGAAGGACAUACAUCUUUAGUACCCAAUCGUCCGCCAUUCAUUUAUCAGCUUGAGUUCUCAAACGUGUGUAUUCAAGGUCCUAAAGCGAAUAAUAAACGUUUGGCAAAACGACUUGCUGCUGAAUUACUCCUUACUAGAUUGGGCUUGUCUAGUGAAAAACCAUCUAAUGUCAAGAGUGUUCUUCGAAACAAAGUUAUUGAAUCACCUAACAGUAGCACUAAUACUAUUAGAAGUGUUUCAGAAAAUCCGUCCUAUGAUUGCACUGUGUCAGAAAUGUCCAAUAGUACACAUAAACCAUUAUCUCCUGUAGAAAAAUCAGAUGAUCCAUCACAGGACAAUAUUUCUAACGAGGAACAUCAUGUUAAUUUCAGUUGUACCAGUGAUAUUCUUUUAUUUGAUGAAGAAUCAAUAGACCGUGUUUUGUUACGUAAAAGAUUUACUCGUCCCUUAAGAAGGUAAAU